CCGCAGACGGCGUGGAUGGAGACACACGCCAAGAGCACGGGACGCUUCCCAUACCUGCAACGACAACAUGACAACAGGGCAACAUGGCAAUGCAACAACAAGACAACACAGUGGGGUCAGUAAAACGUUUAGUAACGGCCUCAGCGGUGGGUGGAACAGUUGUUUGCCGGGUCGUGGUUCCAUGCGGAACCUUUACAGUGACGGACCGGGUCUGACCCAAACACACGGUCACGUUAAUAAGAAACCUCCGGUGGUGAAUUUAGAUGUUUCCAUCAUGAGAAGGUGACGUCCAUCUUCAAACACCAUGAUGUCAAACGUCAGACGGAUGGUGUCGCUCUUUAAAGGUGUUUGUCGGACCAGGACCUGCCCGGUUCACACCUGGACCAGUGGGGCGGGGCUGGUCCUGCAGUCCCGGUCCACAGAUGUGUUCCAGAACCUGGCCCUGGAGGACUGGAUCGAGGCCAACGUGGACCUGCGGCAGCGCGGCGUCCUGCUGCUGUGGAGGAACCGACCGGCCGUGGUCAUUGGCCGACACCAGAACCCCUGGACCGAGUGCGACCUACAAGCGGCCACGAAGGCCGGGAUCCACGUGGCCCGGAGGCGGAGCGGAGGCGGGACCGUCUUCCACGACCUGGGGAACCUGAACCUGACCUUCUUCACCUCCAAGAAGAACUACGACCGGCGGCGGAACCUGAAGAUGAUCACUGACGCCCUGAGGAGGGUGCGGCCGGAGCUGGACGUCCAGGCCACCGACAGACUGGACAUCGUACUCAACGGACACCUGAAGAUUUCAGGCACUGCAUCCAGACUCCGCAGGGACUCCUCCUACCAUCAUUGUACCCUCCUCCACUCUGCUGAUCGUUCCGCCCUCUCCGCUGUGCUCCGCCCCUCCACUUCCGGUAUCCAUAGCAAUGCAACACCCAGCGUCCCCUCACCUGUGGCCAACCUGGUGGACCACGCCCCCACGCUGCAGUGGGAGGAGCUACUGGAGGCUCUGGUUGACCAGUACAAUGAAGAAUUCGGCUGUACAUCUGCGUUGACGUCCAUCGAUCCGUCAGAUGAGGCUUCGUUUCCUGGAAUCGGUCUUUUUGUGUCGGAGCUGAGCAGCUGGGAGUGGACGUUUGGUAAAACUCCUAAAUUCAGCGUCCGGACAGUUCUGGAUCUGUCGGAGCACCGCUCGGCUCAGCUCCACCUGGAGGUGAAAAACGGGCUGGUGGCGUCCUGCCAAGUCCUGGUUCCUCCGGACUGGAUCCCCCAGAGCCUGGCUGACCAGCUGAGCCAGGUCCUGGUCGGGGAGCGCUUCUGCCGACACGGGGCCGCCGCCGCUGCUGUCAGCACUCUGCUCCGAUUGGACGGGACGGGCGGCCGGCUGGAGGAACUGAGCAAGGCGGUGCUGAGGGCGAUGGGCUGAGUUUGCUGCCCUUGGUGGACACAUGGGGAAACUGCAGACGAGGACCAGGUCUGAGGACGUCCAUUAAUGGAAGAAGAAAAAUGAAAAUCCAUCACAAACAUGGAAACUAAAGACAGACAACGAACUCUGGAGCAUAAAGUGGAAUAAAUAAUGGUUUUAUGAAUCAGAUUUGAUGUCAUAUGUUCUUUAAUUGGAUCUUUUUCAGCUUCUUUCAAUCAAGAUACUCAUGAUACGAAGACACAUUAAAACUCAAAACAACUCAUGAGACUGAAAUGAAAACCGAACAUCCACCUCGUAUCAGCUUUUAACAGAUCACGGUUAAAACCUGAAUAAAAAAUAUUUCAGUACAUAUUAUUUUUAAUUUUCAUCUAUUUUAACUUUUAAAUCACUUUGAUGAGCAAUGUUUCACUUCUGUUGAUCUGUGUUGAAUGAAAUUAAACUGAUGGUUGUUUUGUUAAAAACAGAUUCACAGGGUCAUAAAAGUCCAAUUUGUCAUAGAAACAAAACAGUUUUAUAACAGUUUGAGGUAAUAACCCAAGAGUUUAACACACAUCUAACAAAUUGUUUAUCAUAAUUUAUAACGGAUAUACUAUCAUGUCGCAGUACGCAUGCGCCCACGAGAACCAUGCUGCUGCUCAGAGAUCAGAGACACAAAAUAGAGGGCUCACUCUGAUUUAGUUCUCAAGACAGAAAAGCGUUUAUUCUGGUUAU